AUGCUGCAUCAGCUUUGUCCUUUUCAUAGCUUUGCACUGGGAUGGAUGAAGAGCAGCCCGCGAUGGAGUAAGUCUAAGCACCAGAGAUUCCCAAUCCAGUCAUUAAACUCGCUGCUAUUCUGGUCUCUAUUCGCGGUUCUGUCUCUUCCUUAUUUGGUUCAUGCAUCAGUUUAUAAAGUGGGGGUGGUGGGACCUUGGACUUGUGAUCCCCUCUUUUCUAAAGCACGCCCGAGAGAGGCAGCUCAGUUAGCUGUUGAUCGCAUCAACAAAGAUGCUUCAUUAGACCAAGUGGACACCUUUGACUAUGUUAUACUCGACGAAGAUUGCCAAACAUCCAAGGCCUUAACUGGAUUCCUUGGGUACCACAGACAGGCAUCUGGGUUCGUUGGUCCCGCCAAUCCUGGGUACUGUGACGCCGCUGCCCUUUUGGGUAAAAACUGGAACAAGGCUGUUUUCUCUUGGUCCUGUAUCAAUACUGGGCUGGAUAAUGUUAGGAGCUAUCCAACAUUCGCAAGGACCUUGCCCUCGCCUGCAACCGUUCUCCUCAGCGUCAUGAAACACUUCCGGUGGGCGCACGUUGGCAUUGUCUCAUCUGAGGAGGAUAUUUGGGUGGACACGGCUGGCAAAGUGGCCAGUGCUCUUCGGAACCGUGGGCUCCCUGUUGGCAUCGUCAUCUCCAUUGGCCGAGAUGUUCCAAGCAUCAAGGAAGCACUGCAAAAAGUGAAAAAGGUGGAGAACCUGCGCAUGGUGAUCAUGUGCAUGCACUCGGUGCUGAUCGGGGGAAAGGCACAGGGGAGACUGCUGGAGGCGGCCCAUGACCUGCAGAUGACAGAUGGCUCCUUGGUGUUCGUCCCCUACGACACCCUCCUGUACAGCCUCCCCUACGAGCGUGUCCUCUACCCGGCCCUGAGGACCAGCAGCAAACUGCGCGAGGCCUACGAUGCAGUGCUCACCAUCACAGUAGAGUCUGAAGAAGCCACCUUCCACCAGGCCUACCAGGAGGCUGUGGACAGGAGGGAACUAGCAGACCCAGCCAAGCCAGAGCAGGUAUCCCCCUUAUUUGGAACCAUAUACAAUGCUAUCUACUUCCUUGCUCAUGCACUGAAUAUCAACAGAAGGAACGGAGGCUGGGUGUCAGGCACCCACAUAGCACAGUCCUCCCGGAACAUUGAGUUCCCCGGCUUCAACCACAAGAUCAAGACGAACGGCAGCGGGGCCGGCUUCAUGGACUACGUCAUCCUGGACACGGACGGGAGGUCCUGGGAGAUCUACCGCACACACAUGGUCGACAUGGAAACCGACAUGGUGCGUUUCCUGGCCCGAAGUAUUCAUUACCCCCGGGGCGUGUCACCAAAGUCAGAUUCGAGAUGCUGGUUCACUCAUGGAAAAAUUUGUACCGGAGGUGUUGAUCCCUUCUUUGCUCUAAUGGUUUGUCUCUCUGUCUUCUUCACCAUUAUCUGCUUUGUGGGGCUUUCUUAUUUAAUAAGGCGUCGAAUAAACCUAAUUAAACUACUUAGAGGACCUAACAAAAUUCUGCUUACCUUGGCUGAUGUGACGUUUAUCAAUCCCCAGCUAAGCAUGAAGAAACUGAGUACUGAUGCUAGUGAUGGAGCAAAAAGCCUCUCGGAGACAUAUCAAAGCCAGAAGUCCCAUGUGAGGUCCAAUGCAUCCAGCAUGACUCCCGCCACUUAUGAGAACUCAAAUGUGGCCAUUUACGAGGGGGAUUGGGUUUGGAUGAAGAAAUUACCAAGUGGAGAUUUUGGAAAAAUAUCACCGAGCACCAGUGUUGUUUUUCAGAUGAUGAAGGACAUGCGGCAUGAGAAUGUGAAUCCUUUCCUGGGUUUUUUUCUUGACUGUGGAGUGUUUGCCAUCGUGACGGAGUUCUGUUCCCGAGGGAGCCUAGAAGACCUUCUCCGGAAUGAUGAUGUAAAGCUGGACUGGAUGUUUAAGUCUUCCCUGCUUCUCGACCUCAUCAAGGGUAUGAAGUAUUUUCACCAUCGGGACUUCAUCCAUGGGAGGCUGAAAUCCCGGAACUGUGUGGUAGACGGGCGAUUUGUACUGAAAAUAACUGACUAUGGAUACAAUGAGGUGCUGGAGUCUCAGAAGAUCACAUAUAAAGAACCUGCUGCUGAAGAGUUAUUUUGGACAGCCCCAGAAAUCCUUCGGCUGCCUCAUGCACCACUGAACAGCUCUUCCAAGGGGGAUGUGUACAGCUUUGCCAUCAUUAUGCAGGAAGUGGUGGCAAGGGGCCCACCAUACUGCAUGCUGGAUCAGUCAGCAGAAGAUAUCAUUGUGAGGUUGAAGAAGCCCCCUCCUUUGUGCCGGCCCCUUGUGUCUCCAGACCAGGCCCCCAUGGAGUGCAUCCAGCUGAUGAAACAGUGCUGGAAUGAGCAGCCAGACAGACGACCCACCUUUGACGAGAUAUUCAACCAGUUUAAGAACAUUAACAAGGGAAAGAAGACGAACAUCAUCGACUCGAUGCUGCGAAUGCUGGAGCAGUACUCUAGCAACCUGGAGGACCUGAUACGAGAGCGGACCGAGGAGCUGGAGAUAGAGAAGCAGAAGACAGAGAAGCUGCUGACACAGAUGUUACCUCCGUCUGUGGCAGAGGCCCUGAAGAUGGGUUGCACUGUACAACCAGAACAUUUCGAAGAGGUCACCUUGUAUUUCAGUGACAUCGUCGGGUUCACCACAAUAUCGGCGAUGAGCGAGCCCAUUGAGGUGGUGGACCUUCUCAAUGACCUCUACACAAUAUUUGAUGCUAUAAUAGAGAACCACGAUGUUUAUAAGGUGGAGACUAUAGGAGAUGCUUACAUGGUGGUGUCCGGCCUGCCCAAGCGCAAUGGGAAUCGUCACACGGCAGAGAUCGCCAACAUGUCUCUGGACAUCCUCAGCGCCGUGGGGACCUUCAAGAUGAGACACAUGCCAGAUGUACCAGUCCGGAUCCGAAUCGGACUGCACUCGGGGCCUGUGGUUGCAGGAGUGGUAGGCCUCACUAUGCCACGGUACUGUCUGUUUGGAGGCACGGUGAAUACAGCCUCACGCAUGGAGGCCACUGGGAUGCCCUACCGCAUUCAUGUCAGUAGCAGUACUGUUAAAAUUCUAGUGGGCUUAAAAGAAGGAUAUAAGGUAGAGCUAAGAGGAAGAACAGAACUGGAGGGCAAAGGCAUGGAGGAGACUUACUGGCUGAUUGGGAAGGAGGGGUUCAGCAAACCACUGCCUGUUCCUCCAGUGAUCAAAUCAAAGCAAAUGGCUCAUGGCUUGCAGAUGGAGGAAAUAACCGCGUCCAAGCGACGGAAAGCACAAAUGCAGCUUGCACAGAAGAAUAACUGA